CCGCGGUGCGUGAGUGGGGAGGGGAGGGGAGGGGUCCCCCUCUUUGCUUCCCUCCCCCCCCCGCAGGUCCCCAAACUCCCCCGGAGCGCGGCACCCUUUCUUCCCCGGGCCAGGCAGGCGUGGGAAGCGGGGAGGAGGCUGCAGGCAGGCAGCCCUGCCUCCCUCCACCCCCCCGUCCUCCUCCUCCCCCCCCCCCGCCGCGGGCUCCUCCUGCCGCCGCUGCCGCCCGGGCCCGGGGUCCCUCCGCCCCGGCAGCAGCACCAUGCCGCCGCUGCCCUGUCGGAGCUGGACGCUGGCGCUGCUGACCCUGCUCGUGGGCAUCCUCAUCUUCGCCGACAUCUCGGAGAUCCAGCUGGAGAUCGGGAAUUCUGGAGGCAGAGACGCGAUCAGAUCAGCGGUGAACAGCUUACAUAGCAAAUCUAAUAGAGCUGAAGUGGCAGUAAACGUCUCCUCGGCUCCAGCUGUUGCCGACAGAAAUAAUGAGAGCAUGAAGCACCGCGAUCGGCUGGCCCCGUCCAAAUGGAGGCACAAUGAGACACUCUCUUUGAAGAUCAGAAAGCAGAUCUUGAAGUUUCUGGAUGCUGAGAAGGACAUCUCGGUGCUCAAAGGAACCCUCAAGCCCGGCGACAUUAUCCACUACGUCUUCGACAGAGACAGCACCAUGAACGUUUCCCACAACCUCUACGCCCUCUUGCCCAGGACUUCGCCGCUCAAGGGGAAACACUUCCCGACCUGCGCCAUCGUAGGUAACUCGGGCAUCCUGCUGAACAGCGGCUGCGGAGAAGAGAUCGAUGCGCACAGCUUUGUGAUCAGAUGCAAUCUCGCCCCCAUCCAAGAGUACACCCGGGACGUGGGGACCAAGACAGACCUGGUCACGAUGAACCCUUCGGUCAUCCAACGCGCCUUCGAGGACCUGGUGAAUGACACCUGGCGGGAGAAACUCCUCCAGCGCCUGCACAGCCUCAACGGCAGCAUCCUCUGGAUCCCGGCAUUCAUGGCCAAAGGCGGCAAGGAGCGUGUGGAAUGGGUCAACAAGCUCAUUCUCCAGCAUCACAUCAACGUCCGCACCGCCUAUCCCUCUCUGCGCCUGCUGCACGCCGUCCGAGGGUAUUGGCUGACUAACAAAGUGUACAUCAAGCGCCCCACCACCGGCCUCCUCAUGUACACCUUGGCGACUCGGUUCUGCAACAGGAUUUAUCUCUACGGCUUCUGGCCGUUCCCGCGGGACCAAGACCAGAACCUCGUCAAGUACCACUACUACGACAGCCUGAAGUACGGCUACACCUCGCAAGCCAGCCCCCACACCAUGCCCUUGGAGUUCAAAGCUCUGAAGACCCUGCACCAACAGGGGGCCUUGAAACUCACGGUGGGAGGGUGUGACGGCGCCACGUAGGCCGGGCUUCUGGAGGGGCUCGCUUUUCGAGAGGCUACGGCCACGGGAGGACAGGGGAGGGGGAAGCGAGGAUGAGCAGUGGCUGGAGAAAGUGGCUUUCUUUGAUGGUCCAUGCGGGAGGGGAACACACUGCCACGCAUCUGUGGUCCCACUGGCGCUCUGUGUUUGCGUGGCGUUGCUGCUGGCGGUGUUGGCGAUGGGAAGAGCCCCUGAGAAAGAUAAUUGGAGGGAGACGCAGCCCAGGACAGGGGCUGGCUGGGUACAGGAGGAAGUUGGCGCUUCAGACAGCUGUCCUCCCUGCCCCAAAGCUUGGAAAGUAGCUGUGGUUUGUAUGGGUACCUUAGCGUGAUGCGUACGUGUUAGGCCAAGUGUUGUGAGUGGUCUAGAAUUGGUAGAUAGGAUCCCUUUGGCCAGGAAGCCGGCGCCCCGGCUUAUGUUGUGUUCUGGGCUUCGUGGUAACGAGGGGGGCUUAGGGGUGGGGGUGGAUUCUCAAGUCUGUCUAAAAAAGAGACGGAGAGGGACAGGGGGUGACGGAAAGCCAGUGCAAUGGAUUCUCUGGAGGAGUCGGUUCGAGAGAUGUUCACUGAAUUAUGCCUCCGAAGUGGAGCCGAGCGGGCCUCAGCAAUGGGGCCCGUUUCUGCUAGGAACCGUUGCUGCUGGUUUCUCCAACGCAUCGCAUGGGGCAAGCCGGAGAUUCAAGACAAGCUAGUCGGGAUUUUCGGCUCUUUUUGUGGUAAGAGAAGACGUUGAGGCUCACGAAGCCCAUGCGGAUAAUAUGAAAACAAAACCGAACUGGACUUCGGAAGAUGCUGUGGUUUCGUUGUUGGUUUCUUCCUUUGUUAAGAAGUGUUUGGGGGGUGGGGACAUGCAAGAGAACUGGGCAGUGUAGGAUGUGUAGACGCAAAGAGAGUUUCAACGUUUCGAAGAUGGGGAGGUUCCCCAUUGGGAGCUGGUUCACGGACUCAUCAAGUGAACAGAUAUCAAAGCUAGCCAAAUUUCAUGAAUGGUCCAAUUGACUGGUUUCUUGUGGUUUAGCUGCUUUCUUAAUAAACCGGUUAGUUUUGAACUCA